CCCACACCACACACACACAGCUGCGUUUGAAACCCUUGGACUGUGGUCUUGGAGUAGAAUAUCCGUGCAAGUGAGGAGCUGAGAGUGGCAGCACACAAUCGCUCUCUCUAUCUCUUCUGGAGGCACCGGCCACUCCACGCGUGCGCAUCAGGCUCAGGGAGACAUCGGGGACAAGGGGGAGGGUGCACAGGCUCCAACCCUGGGAGUUGGUCCCAUAAAGAGGAUGUUUAACGCUGCGAUAUCAGGGACUUGACAGCGUCACCACACACACAUGAGACCUCGCGCGUGUCCCCUUAUGCUCAGACCAGUUGUGCGUCAGUUCUGUUUCGGUUGAACGGUGUAAGUUGUUAUACUUUCUGUGGUUAUUGAAAAAAAAAACUUUUUGUAUUUCUGUAACAUAAAGGAUUUUUCUGUAUAACCAUCAAAAAUGGAUACUUCUCUUCAUUACACCUCUGUUAAUCAUGCCAACUGCUUAGUAUCCACCAUCAACAAUCUUCGACGGGGAGGAAAGUUAUGCGACAUAGUAAUUUCUGCAGGGGAUGUCAGGAUCCCAGCCCAUCGUCUUGUUUUGGCAGCAGCGUCACCAUACUUUGGUCCUCUUCUUGAACUAGCCCAUUCUUCUCCUUCAAACGGUAUGCCAACAGAGAUUCGACUUCAUGACAUUGAUGCAGCAGCUAUUGAGCAGAUAAUUGAGUUCUGUUACACAUCAACAAUUUGUGUAACUGAGGACAAUGUCUGGUGCUUGCUUCCUACUGCAACACGCCUACAGAUGAGUGAGUUGUGUACACUGUGUUCCGACUUUCUGCACUCUUUGCUGAGCCCGGACACUUGCAUGCGGACCUAUGCCGUUGCAUAUCACUGUGGGCUGACAGAACUGGUUACUGAGGUUGUGAAGAUGCUAAAAGACAGUUUAGACAAGGUAAUUCAAAGUGAUGGCUUCUGUGAAAUGAGCAUUGAGGAGCUGAGCACAGCUCUCACUACUUUGCCUUCUGCAGUUGUAGGUCACCGUGAUAUGGUGCGUGCUAUCCGUUGCUGGGUACAGCACGACUCGGAGACUCGUAAAUGUCAUGCAUCACAGUUAGCACAAGCUUUUCCUGGGCUAGUGAGUCGGCUGAAAGAAUUCUUGCCAGAGAUUCCGCUUUUCCAACCUUCUGACGACAGUGGCACACCAGAACCUGAUCAGAAAAUCUUGAGAUAUGAAGAGCUCCCUAUUUGCUUAGACCUGUCUUUGCAUGGUUCAGCAGGAAGAGAGGAUGAUGGAGCUGACUCUCCUGCAGGAGAUGAACAUGAUGGUAUAUCUUCACCUCCACUUUGUCUAGUUUGUGGUGAGAUCUUUCGUUCAGAGCAGGAGCUUUCACAACACAAGCACGAUUGCACUGAAGCACUUUUGAAAGAGAGUGGUGAAGUGUUGGAAAAUGGCUUCCCUGACUCCCCAAGUGAUUCCUUAGAUGGAGGAGAAGAGGACAGCUCUGGCAUCCCAUCUCGUCGCGACCAGCACGUGUGUCAGCUGUGCUACAAAGCCUUCGCAGACAAGAAGAGUCUAGGGAAACACAUGCGAACUCACUCACAAAAUGGCUUUUCCUGUAGUUCCUGCAACAAGCGAUACAGCACUAGGUCCCAUCUUCUUGGUCACAUGCGUCUGCACUCCAGCACGCACUCGCCCUUUGCCUGUGACUAUUGCCGGCAUCCAUUCUCCAGUUACUGUGCCUUGAAAGUGCACAUGCGAGGCCACAAAGGUGCACGGCCCUUUUCUUGUCCUACGUGUGGUCAGCACUUUGCCAAAAAUAUCCACCUCAAGCGUCACAUAUCUACCCACACAGGAAUCAAGCCUCAUGUGUGUGACCUCUGUGCGAAGCACUUCAGCCGCAGCGACCACCUCAAGCGGCACGUGCAGUCCAUCCAUGCCGGCCAAAGACCGCAUGCCUGUCACAUUUGCCACAAAGCCUUCGUUCGAAAGUAUGAGCUAAACAAGCACCUCCAGCUGCAUGUCCGCACUGGAGCCAUGCUGUCUGAUGCCACAUGGGAUGCUCUGCCUUUGCUUGGGCAAGCAUCACCAAGUCCUAGCAUGUCACUAGACAGUACAGACAGUCCAUAGGGCAGUUUAGGAAAAAAAAAAGUACUGUUUUGAAAGAAGGAAACUAGUCUGUUUCUCUCCAUACUGAAAGGCAUGAGGAUUUAACACCAGCUUUUCACAGCCAGCCUUGGUGUGCAGCAGAGUAUUUUUGCAAUUAGUCACAACAGUUUGGGGCAGUCAGAAGACAGUUGUGUGCAAUGUUGUUGCUGUUAUAGCUAUUAUGGAUGCAAGAUAAUUGUUUGAGUACCUUAUCUGAUCUGUGGUAAAGGUACAAUGUGCAGUGUCGUGAUGUGUUUUAAGGAAGAAGAUUGACAGCUUUGUAAUCCUACCAUUUCAGAGAUUUGGGCAUUUUAAGAUAUUCACUCAUUAUCAACAACCUCAGGAUUAGAGUGACUAUAAUUUUACUGCCUUUGACUCCCAAGUAAAGAUAACUAAAUGAAAUCAGUUUGGUUCAAAGGGACUAGGUGUUAUGGUUUUCAUUGUACCCAGAUACAUAACUGUUUUAUAUACACAUUAUUCUUACAUGAUUUGCCCCUUCUCCAAAUCAUAGGUAAUGCUUGAUGGUUGUUGCACCAUUAUUAAUUUAAAGAGUGUUGACAGGGUGAUCUUUUUGUAAACCAGAGAGGUCAGCAUUUUUUAAUUUUGUUCUUUGGCACAUGAUUUGGAAUGCUUUAUUCCUCGUUGAAUGGUAAACAUCAAAGAUCAUUUAGAGCCAGGUUUUGGCUAUUUUUUGCAUUCCCACCAAGUUGUGUUUGAUGAAACUGUCAUGACACUGCUCACCAUGGUUUGUACGUAUUUUUUUAACGUUAUAAAAUUUUUGUAUGAUUACAAAAUCAAAAUGAAGAUGCUAUUUCAGACCACUCUUACAUGGGUUUGAACACUAGGAAGACAAAACCUGCCUUGAGUUACAUAUAGUUGAUGAAUUUUUAGAGGAUAUAGACUGUCAUUGCAGCCACCCAUCCUGCCAUCACAGUUGGGCAUUUAACAACUCCAGAUGCACAUUACCCUUAGAUGCUCAGAUUCAUUGGCUGGAGUAGAGGUUCAGCUUUGUGUGCAGCCAUAUUAGAUAACCUGCAGAGAGAUUACAAUUUCAGGUACUUCAGUUCAUAUGAACCAUUUUAUUUAUAGUGUAGUGCUUACUGUUCAUGCAUUAGAAGUAAUUACAAUGAACAUUUACAUAGCACUUUUAAAAUGAUUUGUUCAGAGCACUUCACUAGUAUCUUAUGUAAAGCUGGUUAUUCUUUGUGGUAUCAGCCUUUUCAAGCAACUAUUAGAAGCUUUCUGCUUAGGUCACAUCGCAACAAGGUCAAAAGGCCCCUACCAUGUUGUCAAAAUUGAAUAAUCAGAAGUGUCAUUGUUUGACAAUGCAUUACAAAAAUAGAUUUGUAUAAUGCAUCAAAUCUAUUCAUCAAAGAAACUUAUAAUAGUUGCUUGAAAAGGCUGAUAUCACAAAGAGGUGGUCAAAGUUUAAUUUCUCUAUACAACCAUUGCAGCACCAUACUAUACAUUCCACACCAGGUAGUGUACAGAUUCUCAUCAGUUUCAUUGUUGCCCAUCUCCUUCACAUUUGUUGCAGUUGGCUUUAAUAUCAGCUACUGCACAUGCUUUGAGCUGUGCAUACACUGUGAAAAUGGUAAUAAUGCUGAUCUAUAAAUGUGUUUGGGGACCUAGAAGAAAGCUUAUUUAGAGUCUGGAUAACACCUUUUUUAUGUAUGGAACAUUCAGUAGAUUUGGUCUGGUCUCCUUGAGGGAAUAGAAGGGUUCGGUGAAUGUGCAUAUGAAACUUGUGGGUUCGGUACCUCAAACAAGAUUAAGAACCACUGCUUUAGAGGUUUCAAGAUAUCUAUCACCUGUGAAAUGAGAACCACAUGAAAUUCACCUUUUAUAAAUAUACACAUUUCUUUUGCAUCGGAUAAGUGGAACCAAUCUUAUAAUCUUAGGUUCAUGAUUUUUUGUAUUAACCAGAGUUGAUAUCAUAAUAAUCCCUUAAACACUUUUGUAAACAUGGUUAAUAUUAAAGAAUAUUGCAUUUUAGUAGCAAAAUAAACAUUUUAAUAAUGCUUAAGAUUAUGUGCUGCAGAGAUGUACUUAACUGCAUAAUAUCACAUGAAUUUUGGAGUGGUAUCAUGUAGUAAUUGUUAUUAAUAGUGCAUUUUCUAGCAUAAUCAAAGUUCACACAGAGAAGUGAAUGAAUAUAAAAACAGAAAAAGCAACAGCAAAAUCAAAAGUAUGCCUAGAUCGUCUUCCCCAACAAAGAACAUUGAGUUAGUGCAUUGGUGCUACAGUAAUUGACUGAACCAACGCUGUGAUCAGUUUGGGGUUCUUGCGUAUAUUUUGGGCUUAUUCAUUUCUUUAUUGACAUGUGGAGCUGCAAGGUUUCAUUACCACAUAAGCUAGUCCCAAAAAUUUUACUCAUGGAUCAUGGGAUUUUUACAUGGUACUAAUCAACUCUUCAUGGGGGCUCAAGCAAAUAGUGUUCCUGAGAGAGAGAACAAGAGGAGAAUAGAGAGCACUUAUAUGCUUGCAUAAAAAGAAUGUAAAUACUAAUUUAUAGCUGGUUUCCAGGCUUGUACAGUUCAUGGAAUUACGGACUUCUCCGUGAUGGAAUUGACAUAAUCUCUAGGAGUUCUUUGCCAUAAAUAAACCCACAUUACAUUUUUAAUUAAGACAUUUUUUGUCUGUGUUACAUUUCUGCUCAAAUGAUUUUUGUUCUUUUGUUAGUUGUUAUGUUCUUGGGUUUGCAUAUUACAGAAAUAAUAUAACUGCUUUUUGAUACUCUUUGAUGUUUGUGCCGUUAACAGAUUCCAUAUACUCAAGCACCAUUUUGCUAUGUCUGAAUCAUUCCAUUGUCUGUGGUAGGAAACCACAGUGUGUCAUUAUUUUUUAAGUAUAGAUUAUUUUCUGGUGCUUGAAAAGAUGGAGCAUUCCAUUUUAAUAAGAGAUUUUAUUUGAAGUUUUUUCUUUGUGUUCAUUGUGCUGUAUUUUAAGGGUAAAACCUUACUUUUCACAUUGUGAAAGAUUAUUGUUUUAGACCAAUGUCUAUUGUGGUUUAUUUGUGUGUUUCUUUAACGGAAAGCUUGAGAAGGGUUGAAACAAUUCUCCCAAUUUUGCUUCAGUUUCACAAUUUUAAGCGAGAGACAUCCCUGGAUAAGUGAAGAAUGUCCAUUCCAAGUGUCCAAAUCAAAAUUCUUUAAGCUUACUCCAGAAGAGCUUUAUUAAACUAACAUUUUAAAAUAUAAAUGCUGUAUGUAUGAAAUGUCUCAUAUCUUGUCAAUGACAAAGUACAUUUCUUUAGUACAUUAUCUGCAAGUUGUGUGCAGUUUUUCUUCACAACAAGCCAGGUUCGUCUUCUUUGCCUUCUGAUUGGACUGGUUACAAUAAACAUUUUGUUUUGUGUGGCUCUUUUUAUAUAAUUUUUGUACACUGUUAAAAUAUCCACUAAAUUAUUUCCAGCAGUAUUAUGUUUAAUUAAAAAAUGUGAAUAGACUUGACCACCAUAUUCGAGGUAAAUUGAAUGUCUUUGAAAAAAAGACUAGACCAAACAAAGGACCAAGAAUUAUGUGUUCUAGAAGUCAGACAAAAACUGUGGACGUCAGUGCAAGAGCCUUGGAUAUUAGUUUGUCUGGAAAUUUGAAAAUGUUAUACAGGCUUUGGAAGCACCACUAGCACCACAUCACUUGUUCAAGGCCUGGAACACUGUCCUUGCAUUUGAACAGUUAUUUUCAACAUAGUAUUUUUAGAAACUGGCUUGUAUUGCAAUGUGCUUCUUCCAAGAGGUAGCAGUUAAAAGGCUAGGUAAGAUUAUUGCUCCUAUGUGUAUUACUUCUAUAAAUAUUAUCUUAUUUAUCACUUUUUUCCUUGUUGGUCGGAAAAAAAGUUUUGUAUUGUGGACUAUCAUUUAGUCAAGUGUAUUUAUUUAUUUACAGGCAACAUGGAUGCUUAGAUGAAGAUCAGAUCACCUGUUUUGGUUUUGUGAUAUCUGAUAAACAUUCCAUUUUAGUGCCAACUGCUCACUUUUUUGGAGAACGUUGGGUCCAUUAUUUUGACCUCUGCCUGCCGCACAAAGUGACUUUGUGGUUGAAGUUGUUGUCAGUAUUUUGAAGCCACUGUUAAUUUCUUGCAUAUUGUUACUACAACUUGUCAGCUGGAGAAUGUUGACCACAAACUGAUGUGAGGGAAGAAAAAGCUGUGAGACAUUAAGGCAGUGUUACUGGAUACGAUUUUUGUGCCAAAAUAUCAUGUGUUUUUUCAUGCAUCUCAUGCAUAUUGCACACUAAUGUGAGUAUUGCAUGGUGUACAGUCCGUGUGAUAAUCAAACUUUUCAAAUGAAGAAGGAUUGAUGUCUGCACUCAACAGACUCUGGUUUUGUGUCAGGUCUUUAAUGAUUUACAGUAGAGGGGCGCAUCUUUCUCUCUAAAUGUCCAUAAUUUCACUCGGUAAUAUAUUACCAUUUUUUUUUCCUUCUCACAAUGAGGAUUUUGUUCCAAAAUUGAAAUUGCCUUAAUGCUCUUAAGUGACCUUUUUUUGGUUUUGGAUUCUAUUACUGUUGGACAAGUGAAGAUCAGCAUUUUCAGAGUUGCAUUUUCCUCUUAAAGUUUUCUUAUGACAUGUUUUUAAGGAACCUGUUAUACUAGACUUUUGUCCCGAAAUGACAGAAGUGCAUUAACAGGACCUGUAUCAUUCCAAACAAAAUGAAUCAGAGAAAUUUUUCUGGAUGGAAGUCCCAGGUCUUUCAGUGGUGAUGCCAUAACUGUUGUCUUUCUAUUAGGUUCUUAACUAUAAAAGCCUUAUCAAAUGUUUCUUGCACUACUAAAGUUUUAAAGAAUUCAAUUAGCCUUAUAAAAUGUCUUUGGAAAAAUAUGGCUCAGUUUGAACCAUUAACAGUUCACUCACCUUCAGAUUUACAGGUAUGCAUUUCUCUUAUGUUAAUAUAAUCUAUAUGCAAUGGACUACUGCCUUCGGCUCCGUUCUUAGUCUCAUCCCCCUCCCCCACCAAAAGAAAGAAAAAGAAUAAAAAACUAAAAGCUAAACAAGCUGUGCUUCAGGUUGAUUAGAUUUCUCUUUACUGAAUGUUUUCAGUUAAUUCAUUUCUUGCACCACUUUCAAAAAUUGACAUCUCCGUGGUCAAUCUCACAUUCCUGUUUGUGAAAUAUUUAGUAUUUCCCUCUGUGAUCUUAUUCUGUUAAUCCUAUAUUGCUAUUGUCUAUACCCAUCAAAAGACUGAAAUUAAUAAGAACCUUAUGAAGCUUAUUAUUCUUAAAUUGAUUUACCAGACCUGUUGCAAAUGCUGACACAAUUGCUUCACAGGUUUCUUGCAGAUGCACAUAUUUGCUGCACCAUUUAUUGACACAGUUUGAAAGAAUUUUGAAUUGGAUCCCUUUCUUUUUCAUUUUGGAGACAAUAUAUGAGUUGUAUCAAAGUUCAUAUAGUUUCAAACUCAGACAGCUGUAGGAUUGUGGCCUUACAGUCAGUCCAGAUAUUUUUGUUCUAACCUGUAGACCAGGUACACUGUCCGUUGCACUCUCAUCUGGUCACUGAUUUAGUAUAUUUUCUUUAGGAUAUUUUUCUCAUAAACCUUUCUUUCCUAUAUUUCUUUUCAUAGCGUAUUUUUUCAAAGUUUUUAUUUUCUUGUUUCUGCAAGCAAGCACAAGACACAACAAAAAAGAGCUACAGCACUAAUUCCAUGUUGCCUUCUUUGGUGGAGAGAAAAUUUCUGCCUGCAGACAGAUUGGGCUCAAACCUAAAGAAAAGCAUAAAGUAAAUAGACUCUUAAAUCAUUUGUGUAAUAUUACUUAAUAGAUAUUAUUUUCUGCGAAAGCAAUAAAGAAAUCUUAGACUUUAGGACAGUGUUGCCUCGAUGUGGUCUUUCAUCCUACUACUGUUUUAAUUUUGCAUAAUGUGACUGCCUUAUUCAACUGUUCUAAAAUAAUCCAACUCCUUGAAAUCCAUAUCAUGUCUUUUACCUACAGUUUUAAGAUUAUGAAAUAAUUUUUUUUAAAAAUUGAAAUGUUUUAAAAUGAAACUGUUAAUGCUUUUGUGAUAUCAGAUAAUUAUGUAUCAGCUCAUGCACGAAGCUUUAUUAACGCCAAUUAGCAUUUCAUUUUAUGUCACAUGCUGACCUUUUGUUGGCAUUUAUGCACUUUUGUUUCUUUGGGUGACAAAGUGGAUGUAAGUGCAAGUGUUCUGUUAGAAGAAAGGUCAAACGUGGCAUGUUUUGAGAGGCACAACAGAAAAUUAAGCAAAGAAAGGCUAAACAGAUUAUUGUUGAAUCAGUUGUUUUGUUGGUCUCCUUAUUUAAAAAGAAAGACAAGUUGAUUUUCAAUUUAACCCCAUUAAAUGACACAGUAAAGCAACCAUGCAUAAAAAAAAUUAUAUGAAUAUUUGCCUUUUGUUGUUUUUGCCUUUCAUUUGUUAUGUUUUUUCUGAAUGCUAUCUCAAAUUAGCACCAGGAGAUUUGGCAUGUCAUCCAAACCAUUUUAGUUUCUUAAAAAGACACAUAUAGAAUAGAUCAGUGGUUCUUAACCUGGGUUCGAUCGAACCCUAGGGGUUCGGUGAGUCGGUCUCGGGGGUUCGGCGGAGCCUUCGCCACAUAGGUCAAGACACACCCGCAAUUCGUGAUGACACUAAAGAAGGGUUCGGUGAACGUGCAUAUGAAACUUGUGGGUUCGGUACCUUAAAAAAGGUUAAGAACCACUGGAAUAGAGCUAUCGUUAUCUUAUAAGAUUUUUUGUUUGUAAUUUUUUUUUUUACUGGAUUCAAUAAAAUGUGUCUUUUUAGUGUCUCAUGACAAUGCUGUCAUUUGGGUUUUGACUCUUCCAAGUCUACAAUAUGGUGUUCAUAAAGCAUGAAGAUUUUUCAUUCCAUUCCCUAUGUUAUUUUUUUUUUUCUUUCAAAGAUUUCACAUUUCAUUCAUACAGUAUAAAAGAUGGUACUCAAGUAUAUAAGUAGCCCACUGCAUUUAAAGUGUGCAGUCUGUCUUGCAUUUUCCCAUUAAACUUGGUUUAAUGUGUUAAGGUGCUUGUGAGGAAAUAAAAGUGAAACUAGAAUAAAAACAGUAUCUUACUACCUAGUCUUAUUUUAAUAUAACUGGUGUUUCAUGCCAUUCUUAGGACUGCUAUGUGUUUGUGGGGAUGGGAAGAGGCAGAAUAACUUAGUCUAAACAACCAGUUUUAUUAGGGAACAAUAUUGCACUUUCUUUCUUGAGUUCAUUAUGUUAUUUACUGAACAGAUUGUGCCCAAAAUGUUUAAGUCAUCAGGAAGAAAUUAUUUAAUUAUACACAGUCUCUUGCAAGGCUUCUCUUAUGGAGACUAGGUUUAUGUAGUUUUGUGCACUUCAAAGCAAAAACUGAUAAAAGUGGGAUUUGAAUCUUGUUUGUGGUGAGUUAAAAGCACCUCUGAGAAAAGCUUAGUAGAGCAACUGUUUCUCUAGUAAUAUCCUCUUAAAAAAAAUUAACAGAUAUGAAAAUACGUAGUUAUAGCACAUCAUUUUAGAAUGGCAUGAAAUUCUGAACAUAAUUGGCAGAGGAAUUUUGCCUAUUAUUUUGUGGUGGGUUUUUAGGGAUUGAAUUUUUGUUUUUGAAGCAGCCAGCACCUCACUAAAUUGAAACCAAAUUUAGUUUUGGGAAUUACAAUGAUUAAUGAUUUGCCUGUUCUAGUCUAUUUUUGAUGUUUGUUUAUUUUGUAGCUGUCUUACAUCUUUGUCAAAAGCAUUUGACAUUUUUAACCCCUGUCCACUAACCCACCAUGUCGGCAUCUUUUUACUCUUGAUUCCAGUCAGCAUUUUAUUUCCUUAUUUCUGGCUAAUUGGCACUGCUGUGCACAUUCAGUGUUUGUAUUUCUUUGUAGUACUUAAAAACUGUAUUCACAGCAAUGAACCAAUAGUUCUGAAGUGCAAGGUGUGGCUGUUGCAAAGCAAAUUUCACCAGAUGUUGAAAAAUCUAUUUGUGCUAGUUAUUUCUCUAUCCAGAAAGUGAUUUCGUCUUUGGAUAUAUAAAUGAAAGAAUCUAUUUGUGCUAGUUAUUUUUCCAUCAAAAAAAAAAAAUUGAUGUAAUCUUUGGACAUAUAGACUGUGAAUUUGACUGAUUUUCUGAUGCCUUACUGUUUCUGAUGCAAAAUGUUAUUUAUUGGUACGAUGUUACUUAAAUGAUCCAUGUGAACAUGCAGAAAAUACAAAUUGUGAACGGUCUUUAUUCUUCAUAUCACUCUUGAAACUUUUAUAUAUGAAUACAGCUUUAUCUGUCAGAUAAUUUUAAAGCUGAAGAUAUAUAGUUUUCAUCUAAAGCAGAAGUGCCCUUGUUGGAUGAUAAAACAUCUGAAACUCUUUGAUACAUACUAAUUCGAAGUGUUAUUAAAGAUUUAACAAGGAAUGUUAGACAUCUCUUUUUAAACAAACUUGAUGAAGUGUACUGUAGAGGGAAAAGGGUUAAGAAGAACAUAAGAGAUUUUGGAGGGUGUACAUUUCAGAAAGAAAGGUUUCUUUAUGGCCUUAACGGCUUAUGAUGUUUGUGUGCUGAUAACCUGUAUGCAUUCUCACUUGGCAUUAUCUAGUUGAUUGCAAUUUUGCGAUUAUUUGGCCUUGUUGCUGUUUUCUUUUCACACUUUCAAUUGUACGUCACUGUUUAGUGACUGUUUGGUCAGGCAGUGCCCUAACGAAAAUCAAAUAAAGUAUUGUUAUUCUUAACA